CUGAGGCAAAUAGCUUACGGUCAUACAAUACGUCAUUGGCUUUCCAGUAGGCUAUAGUUGAGAAGGUUAUCGAGAAGGCUUUUUUUAUUCCAAUGUUGGUUGCCAGGUUACGUCGUCUACGCCGUACGUACUUUGAGCUGAGUAGGAGCUACUGCGUUAACGCCCACUUGAGGUAUUGCUCUUUUUUUUCUCUCUGCGGAGAGACCGCUCCAUUCAUAGGGUUGGGCAGGCAGGCAGCAGAAAACGAAGAGUGGAAGAAACACCAUCGGUGGAACCGAAAGGAUGGUCUCGCGUUGAGCCCACCAGGCCCCCUUAAUCCGCGAAAUCUUCGCUGGCCAUUUUCCCUCCCAUUAGGACAUACCCCGAAUUUAAACCGAUACCUUCUCUUCAGGAAUGGGACUCAAGUGUCUCGGCUGAAUGCUGGCGUUCCCAUCCUUGUUUUUUGCAACCUCCCGCGGAAAUAGACUGACUUCCUCGUCGCCUGUUCAUCUGCUGCUGCCGCAGACCUAGCGCUCGAUUCGACUCAUUUAGCCCAGACCGUCCACGGACUCGCUGGCUCAGGCAUCUGGACACAUCGGGGCUGGUCAGUCGUCGUUGGAAAAAAGCAAAACGUGCCUGUGUGUGCUUUUGCUGCCUGUAUGAUGCCGACACAUUUGCGUUUCCGGAGAAGGUCAUUCCUUGGGCUUUUAUUCCUUUUUUCGCUCUCCACCUCGGUACUAUAUUUCAUCUACUCCGCCCCCGGAAUCGUGAAUGAGUAUGUGUUCAUGGUCCAAGCUAGAGGCAUCCAGAUUAGAGAAAACGUGAAGAACAUAGGGGCUCAGGUUCUGGAGCAAGUUGUGAGAGGGGCCUACAGCAUCAAUGGCACAGAUUAUUCCUAUGACUUCAACGAGAGCGAGAGCGAUGCUCCUUCCACCACUUACCUCCCUGAGGGUUUCACAUACCUCCCUUCGCAGGUUUGCCCUGAGAAGCUGCCCUCUAUGAAGGGCAGGUUGGAGGUGAACAUGAGUGAAAUAUCUCUGGAGGAGGUGGAGAGGUCCUUGCUGGAGCGAGAGCCCACCAUGGCUCUGGGAGGCUUCUGGAAGCCCAAAGACUGUUUACCUCGCUGGAAGGUGGCAAUCCUCGUUCCAUUCAGGAAUCGUCACGAACACUUACCCAUCCUACUGAGACACCUGGUGCCUGUGCUGCAGAAGCAGAGACUCCAGUUUGCCUUUUAUGUCAUUGAGCAGGGAGGAACAGAACCAUUUAACCGAGCCAUGCUGUUCAACGUGGGCUAUAAGGAGGCCAUAAAGGACCUGGACUGGGACUGUCUGAUCUUCCAUGACGUGGACCACCUCAUGGAGAACGACCGGAACUACUACGGCUGCACGGACAUGCCCCGACAUUUUGCAGUCAAACUUGACAAGUACUCCUACAUGCUUCCAUAUAAUGAGUUCUUUGGUGGUGUCAGUGGCCUGAUGGUGAAGCAGUUUAAAAGAAUUAAUGGAUUUCCCAAUGCUUUCUGGGGCUGGGGAGGCGAGGACGAUGACCUCUGGAACAGGGUGCAGUUUGCCAAUUACAGUGUAAGCAGACCAUAUGGAGACCUGGGACGCUACAUGUCUAUUCCGCAUCACCAUCGUGGAGAAGCCCAGUUCCUGGGAAGGUAUAGUCUACUACGUCACUCAAAGGAGAGACAGAAAGUGGAUGGUCUUAAUAACCUAAACUAUUCACCCCUAAUUUCAAGAAGUCGACUCUUCACCAAUAUCACAGUCAGCUUGAGCAGAAAGCUUGCACCUGUGGCUGACUACUGACGUAGGCAGAGCUGGACUGCAAAAACACCUGGGAAUCAAAAGUCCUUUAGGACAUCAGCCAUAUCUCACCAGUCGCAGCACUGCUUAGGACUUAUUUAGUUUUUUGGGUUUUUUUUUGCUUUGUUUUGUUUUGUUUUGCUUUGUGUUUGUUUGUUUGUAUGCAAAAACAGAAAAAACUGAAAUGGAGACUCAAAUGAGCAGAUUUGAUAAAUCAUCUUAAAAAAAAAAAGAAGUAGGGAUAAAUGCUGCACUUAUUCGUGCCACAGUUCAUUACUCUUCAUCUGGGCUUGUGUACACGUCAGUCUCCACAUGCCUUUUGCACCAUUUUGGCCUUCAGCAUCCCAUUUGUCAAGUUUGUUCCUUAUUUUCUCUUUUGAUUAGCUCCGCCCUGAGCUGUUGUGCUUGACUACAGAAUUAGGUUACACAUUCAAGCACGCACACACACACACACACACACAGGCCACACAUGUAUGCACACAGGAUUAUGUACUUGCAUGUGCUGACAUGGGGGUGGGGGGGCGUUGGAGCUUAGAUCUUUGAUUUUAGUUUUGCUCUUCUGAUUUCAUAAAUGCAGUAAGCCUGUGAAAACAUUUGCAUGUGCACACAACCCUUACAGCGCCACGCAGCGACUUCAGUUGAGUGGAUUCAUGCAGCUGGUUCUGCAAUAGGAAUGCCAAAUCUAAAAGUAAAGAUAGAUAGAGAAGAUGAUAUAUUGUGCGAGAAAUAGUUUAUUCCAAGUAAAAAAAAAUAAUUAUUUCCUUAAUCAUUCGUAUUCCGUCUUGUGAACAUACCAUUUAAAGACUGUGAUGUUUGUGUUUGCGUUGUUUCAUUGAAUGUUCUGGCUGCCUGCUAAUGGCUGUAUGUUGGAGUGCAAUGCUCAUCCUGUUAGCAAUAAGCUGCAAUAUCAGACAGCAGAACUUAGCCCUGACUUCCUUAUUGUACAGAUGCAAUAGCAUGGGUGCUAGCAUUCCCUUGUUGGACUAAAGAAAAGGUGUGACUGCGUAUGCAAACCUUAAAUUGAGCUCAGCUUUGCUUAAGCAAAACGUGGCGCCCCCUUGUUUUUGUUUUUUUGUUUUUUUCCCAGAACUCACGUCUGCCUUGUGUCUACAUCUGUGUGUGAGUGAGGGCAAGCUAUGCAAAUGGCCUGCAUGCGUCUGGUCGCCAGGAAAGGAGGAGACGUUGUCUCCCAACUCUUGUUUGGCCGACUUUAGACCUCACUCUGUGUGCAGCGUGUAAAUCUAGGUCAGAAAGAAAUAGGUGCAGGUCUAUUUUUAGACGUUCUUAAUGUUUACUCACCUUCAAUUUUUUUUUACAGCACAAAACUGGAGGUUGCAGAUACUUGACUUGUGUCACCAUCACUGGUGUUUACAGAAUCUCAAUACUUGUCUAGUGUUUGUAGCCAGCCUUCCUCCACCCAGGGUGCUGCAAGCAUCUUAUCUGUUCAGCAACCUUUUUCUGGCUGCCUUUUUUGUUAAAUUGACCCUUAUUUUCUCGCAUUGGAAAAAAAAAAAAGAUGAUCUGAUUGGGAAAAAAAAAGAUGAUCUGAAUGAUGGUGUUGUGUGAUUACUACUGAUUGGCUUUAUGUCCAAGCUUUUCUUCGUCUAAAUCAAACUUUGAAGUGUUGAUCUAUGUAGAGAUUUUUAUUUUUAUUUUGGAGAGGCAUGCUGCCUGACACUGUGCUAUGACACACACUGACGGUCCUCUCAAGUUACACAGCAGCUCCUCUCUGUUUGUUUAACAGUGUUCGUUUUUGGGGUCAAAUAUCCCCAAACCAAUGUAGUUCCAUUUUUAAGAUAUCACACAGACAUAUACUCUUCACUGUCUUCUUGUCAUGCAGCUACAUCAUUUCACACAAAUCGCCUUGUAUACAUUUCUAAACAUGUUUCUCCUAGGAGGCAUGUACGUAAUCGAAAAAGAAAAAAAACUGUUGGAUUUCAACGAUAAAAUACAAACUAAUAGGGGCUGGCCCUCUUGUCUAUUUAUUUGACGAAUUACUUACUUUUAAUUGUUCAGUUUUUAUUUUUCUUGCGGGUUGACGUGAUGACUUAGGAAGUGACAGACUGUGUUAGAUGCACUGAAACAUAGCUGUGUGUAGUAGUGUGGGAUUCUGAGGUUCGGUUCUGUGUAAAUGGGGGCAGUUCCGUUUCAUUCAGACACAGAUCUUAUUUCUCUUUAGCAGCGGCGCCAUUUGCACUGCCGUAAUGAGAUGAAAUGAAAUGGAAUGGCACCCAUAUUGUAGCUUGGUGUUAUUACUCUUCUGAGCAGAGGUGUUGGAGGAGGCCAUUUUGUGUGAUAACCACAGGAAGAGCAAGACAGAGUUUUAAAAAUGCUAGUGGACACUUUCUUUCACUGAUCACCUCCAUUACACUGAUGAUAAUCAAUGGUACUGACCUUCUACAGCUCCCUUUGGGGGACGUACUUACUGGAGCCAAUUUUACCAGGACAUGAUGUGAUACUGAGUGGCAAAAAAACAUUAUUGAGACUUCUGGCUCUUUCAUUUAGUCUAUUCAUCAUGUGGGCUAGAUACUAUUAUGAUAUCAUUCAGUGAAUUUAUUCAUGCUGCCAUGUUAAACUAACCCAUGUGUGAAUUGUUAUGCUAGCAGAUCUCAGUAGUGCUUACACCCCUGUUCAAAUACAAGGUUUCUGUUGAUUAAAACAAUGAGGCAUUCUAAAUUACUUUACUAAAAAAAAAAAGUCUGCAAGGAGCAUGUCACAUCUUAAUUUGCUCCAAAUCUACUAUAAAUUAGUCAGACUGUGAGGACAUUUCUUAUCCAUGUUCCAGCUCCUGUGAUUCCUUAUAUUUUCUGUCACACUUACAGUAGUUGUGGAUUUGGUCAUUCAAAAACUUAGUGAGGUAUUUUUCCUGUUGGUUUUGAAGUACGCUUAGAAUCACAUUACUGUUGGAAAAAUGAAAUCUAUCCUCAUCUUCUGCUUUAUAGCAAAGUUAAUCGAAACUAUGAAUCAUGUUUUCGUCCACCUUUGCCAAAAAACAAAUACAAAUCCCCCAGAGUAUGAUGUUACCACCACUGUGCUUCAGUGUGGUGGUGUGUAGUUGUGGUUGUUCUAAAUAUCUUUAGCAGCACAAUAGUCGAAGUUUUGAACUAUGAAACAUUUUAGGAGACAUUGGCAUUACAAAAACAAACAUUGCACAUAUGGAGAAUACUCUUUUCAAAUGUGGAGAACAAGCAAUACCAGCCAGAAAUUCUUGCAGCACCUUCAGGGUUGCUGUCAGGGUAUUGGUAACCACAGUGACAAGUUACCAUCUUGGUAUGUCUUCGGUUUUGGAGAAAUAUCCAGAUUUUGUUACGUCUAUGGUGCCUCUUUAUUUUCUCCAAUCAGUGAAGAGCUUUUUUCACAAGAGUACAUAUAAUCUUCUGACUGAGUUUGGGUUCUUUCUAACUUCUUCACAAGAUAUUGAAUAGCUAUUGCUCCUUUAACUUAAAUCCCACAGAUGUAAAAGAAUCCCAUCAGGACAUCUGACCUCUGUUUCACAUUAUCAGAAUCACAAUAACCAAUGGCAGAUUUGAACCUAAAAUGAAUGAAAGCUGAAACUGAAUCAAAAAUAUGCUUCAUCAAAGUAUUGAAUUAAGGACGCAAACUUAAGUAAAAUCAGUUUUGUUUCUUGAAAUCACCGCAGCCUGGAAUUUUAACAGUGGUGUUUACACUUCAGAGACCAUCUGUGUGUUUAGAAAGAGCUGUGGCUCAUUUUCAGAAACGAAUCAUGCAAACCUCCUCGCUCCAGAUUACGGAGGUGCCCAGUGGAAGUUAGGGACAGUAGCAAGCAAUUGUGUUAAGUUUUCUAUUCCAUGUGUGUUUGAGUGAAAUGGCUAAAACCUUUCAGAGGUGCAACCAUCCUCCAUAUGAACCUUCUUUUCAAGUUUUCUUUUUUUUUUUUUUUUGUAUUUUUAUGUUUUGGAUUUUGUUUACCAGCACUGAUAUGAAGUUUUUCUUUCCUGGUAGUGAACAGCUGGCAAGUUCUCCGCGUAGUUCCUCACAUUUACAUGAUACGCUGUAUAUUAUCUCUAAACACAACUAUAUAUAUAUAUAUAUAUAUAUAUAUAUAUAAACUUUCAUUGCUUUAAAUUAAAAUUGAAAGCUAAAUGGACAUAUAGCAAAAGCCAAAUGGUUUUCAGUGUGUGUGUUCAGGUGAAGAUUCAGACUGUGACACCCUCGACCUAAAGAGGCCCUCUGCGUUUUCAGAGUCAGUAUUAGGCUCUAUGUUCACCAUACACGAUAGGCAGCCGCAUCAGCUCUACACUUUCGACACUUAUUUUCUUUGGAAACUACUGAACAGCUUUGGCCACUAGUUUACUCACCAGGGACUUGUGUUUAGAAUGGUAAAUAUUUGAUUACAGUGUGAGGAGAGCAGGCACAGACUCUCUAAAGAGGCUUCUUCAUAUCUUAAUCUCACCUGUCCUAAUCCGUUUUGUGCCAGUUUAAAUGAAGGGACCAUUUUUUGGGCAUCUGACAAGACUGGCAGCCUUAAAGCUUUUUAAUUUAUUGCAGUUUUUUUUUUUUUGGUUCUGUUUUUUUUUUGUUUUUUGUUUGUUUUUUCACUUGAGUUUUUAUUUUUUAUAAGCAAGAAUAUUUAAAUUGAAAAAGAAGUGCAUAUCAAGAAAAUGAUCAUUGUAAAUAUCGUUGUUGUGUGUAGUGUUUUAGAAAUUCUAUUAAGGUCUUAAAUCACUACAGAUGCUAGCAUAAAGAACAAGGCUUCAGGAGGGCGGGGAGGGACGGGGGGGGUUGGCUCGGGGUUUAUCUGGUGCCAUUUAAGUGCUAGUGGAGCUUACACAUCAAUGUUUUUACAUCACUGCUUCCAAGCACAAGCUGUUUCUUUUCUUCUUUUUGAGAAAAAAAAAAUUUCCAUAAGAUUUAAAAUUUCUCUCAUAAUCGCAGAGUUUUGCACUUCCAGUGUCUCCACCAUGCUUAACUUGCUGUGGCAAACGCGAGAAGCGUAUCAUGUUGUAAAUCGGCACGGAUUCUCGCACGUGCAGAAUGUCCGUGGGACAUCUCUGAGUGUGACGGCAUCUGAGUUUAGGUGGAGGUCACAGGAAAGCGCUGCAAGAUAGUUUGUUUUUUGUUAUUUAUUUAAGCCAAAAAAAAAGAAGUCUUACAUCGCAAAGUAACAAAGGCACCCAAACCAGCGACACAAUCCACAUAAAAAUAAUCACGGAUAUUUUCUUUUUUGUAUGAACUAUUUAAGAAGAAAAGGAGACAAGAUAACUAAAAUAUCUUCAAAAUAUUUAUUCUUUGAUUGUAAGGAGAGACCCGUCUCCUUGAAUUGAAGCCAUUCGAAGCCACUUGUCAAAACUUGAUGUCAGCCUUAUGUGGAUCUGUUUGUGUAUUGGCAUAUUAUCAUUUGAUUAUUGAAAUUUGUAUGAUGGAGAUUUUCUUUUAUACCAUCAUUGUUAUUGUCAGAAGUACACCAAUAAAAUGGAAACUUGUAAAGUC